ACCUGGUGCCAGCCCAGCUCAGGGGAGCUUCCCUGCAGGAUGCUGAGGCAGCCAUGAGCACCAGCCACCCUGAGCCCGGUGCCCGGGCACGGAGCCCCCAGCCAAGAUCCCUGUCCCGGAGCUCGUCCAGCCUGCUGGGUGACGGCCGGGGACAGAGGCCGGAGCUCCGAAAGAGUGCCAGCAGCACUGUCUGGCAGGCCCAGCGGGGCGCCAGCACCAGUCCCCAGGUCCAGGAGGAAGAGGGGCACCCAGCUGAGAGCACGGAGCAGGCACAGGGCCCCCGCCCUGGGCCACAGCCUGGUGUCACAGGCCACUGGCGGAGCAGCACGGUGGGCAACGUGUCUACUGUGGAUGGUGGUGACCUGUGUCGCCUGAGGGUCCCCAGCGCCGCUGCCGUGCAGAGGAGCCACUCAGAUCUGGUCCGCCCACAGACCCGGGGCCACAGUGGGACUCGGAGGGCCAGCCUCAGCUGCUCAGCCCUGGGCAGCUCGCCGGUCCACACACGGCUGCAGCCUGGCGGCACUUCUGGCCAGGGAGGGCAGGCCCCUGCAGGCCCGGGAAGGGACCUGGCUCCAGAGGAUGGGACGUCAAGCUCAGCCUGGACCCUGGGAGAGAGUCAGGUGUGGGUGUCGCCAGUCGACCUGGGAGGCACACCCACUCACAGCAGCAGCCCCGAGGCCAGGCCCAAAGCCACUGGGCAGUCAGCCGCCACCUCCUGCCGUGCUCUGCCCCCAGCAGCUCUACUCUGUGACAUGAGGGAGGAGGGCGCCCGAGGCUCCUGCCAUGCUCUGCCUGCCCCGGGGAUCCUGGCCUUUCCCAAACUAGUAGCAUCAGUGAGUGAGUCUGGGCUGCAGGCUCAGCGUGGCAUGAAGUUCCAGUGUGGGUUACCCGGGGGGCAUCCUGGGCAUUCCCCCUGCUGUGCCCAUCCUUGGGGUCCCACUGGCUCAGCUAUGGAGCCUGGCGCGAGGACCAAAGAUGUGUGGACCAUGACCUCAGCCAGUGACUUGGCCCCAGUGCUGGUGUCCCCUCUGUCAGCCCAGGAUGCUGGUGUGCAGGUGGCCCCCAUGGCAGUGUGCAAGGCUGUGGCCACCAGCCCGCCCCUGGAAGUCCCGGUGGCCCUGCACCCAUUCCCGGAGGUGACUCUGGGGUCCAGGCUGGAGGAGGCGCCGUCCCCGGUGCGGGAUGUGAGGUGGGAUGCUGAAGGCAUGACGUGGGAGGUGUACGGGGCUGCAGUGGACCCUGAGGUGCUUGGUGUGGCCAUUCAGAAGCACCUGGAGAUGCAGUUUGAGCAGCUGCAGCUGGCACCUGCCAGUGAGGACAGCCUGUCCUCAGAGGGCCGGAGGGGGCCGCUGCGGGCUGUCAUGCAGUCGCUGAGGCGCCCCAGCUGCUGCGGCUGCCCCAGCACAGCCCCAGAGUGAGGAGUUGUGGCCCCAAGGGCUGCCCUGCCCCCUGGACUCAGCCCCCCUACCAGGGACAGUGGGGGCCCCAUGCCCUUUGGACCCACUGGCAGCCGUGGACACGUCUGUGCUGUCAGCUGCCAGCAGAUGCAGGACUUCAGCCUGGGGACUUGCUAGGGGCAGCUGGACUGGUUUUUAAGGGCUUGAUUCCCACGGGCCACAUCUGCAUAUUGGGCGCUGAACUUUGGGGCAGUUUCAGCACCGUGUACAAGGGAGGGCCUGAUUUUUCUGUAAAAAUCAUCUCUGUCCAGUCUCUUCAGACUCCGCUGUGACUUCCCCUAGAGUCGUGGUGGCUUUACUUGAAAGCAGAGCUGAGACGAGGAGUCCUUGACAUGAAGCGGGGCCCAGGUGACGGUUCAGCUGGGUCUUUAGAGACGGGACCUGACGCUGCCAAAGGCUUCCUGUCUGCCACACCGUUCGGCACCUGGCCUUGCUGAGCCUUCACGCAUGGACGAAAGCGCAGACGUGUGGCCGGGCUGUGGCUGACGUCCUCGGGUUGGACGACAGAGCAGAGGCUGAGGUCAAAGCAGGGCUGGCUGAGGCCUGCGGUCUUCCUGCAGCUCGCCAGCCAGCCAGCCAGCGAGGCGGUUGUGCACGAGUCCCUCGAGGCCAUAUUCUGUGCCAGGUCUGGGUUCCCUGGGAAAUGAGACCGGCUGCACGUGCCCUCACUGCGCUCACGUGCGGAAGGGGCUCACCUCGGCACCAGGGAGCUGAGCUGUAAGAAAGGCCGCAGGUGUGUCUGAGCGUGGCUCCGUCUGUCACUGUGUCUGGGGUGGCCUCGGGAGUGGGAAAACAGGUGGCCCCUGUCCCCAAAUAUGUCACAGUCCUGAACUUGCACCAUUAUUACCUCAUUCCUUUGGUUUAAGGAUUUAUUUUCAGCUGGUGCAGUUACUCAACGAAGGGAGGGCAGGGACGGUGGGUAGAGGAGCCUGUGGUGGGGUCUCCCACUGGUGGGAAAUGGCAGGGGCUGUGAGGCUGUGGGCCUAUUUGCCCCGGUCCUGCAUACCUGACCUGACAUGGGCCAGGGCUCAUGGGGCCCAGGGGAUCAUGGGAGUGGGGGAGCCAGGUCACCAGGGCUUGACACAGAAUGACUUGACUGCCCAAGGAUCUCUCCAGGCCCACGGAGGAUGGAGUGGGCUUACAGUUGAAAAUCCAAGCUCCUGAGACAGAACCUGCCAGCCCACCUUUGAGGAGCCAGGUGGCGCCCCCGGAGCCCCACCCUGGUUAGCUUGCUGCCCUGAGACAACAGGAUGGGCCUUGGGCUUCACUAGCCAGGCUGCACAGCCUCAGCCCACUGGAUGGACCGCAGCUGGAUCUGAAUUUGCCCUGGAGACACAGACCACCCUGCCUCCCACCUUGUCCCUCGUGGGGCAGUCUGGCAGUUGUUCAGGCUCUCGGGACUGGCCACCAGCUUAGUUUACAGGUCUCCUCUCAGACCCAGAUUUCUGAUCAGACUUUCUGGAUUCCCUUCAGGCUCUGCUCUGGGAGGUGGUGGAUCUCAUUAUUUGUACAUUUCUUUUGAAUUUGAAAUAAAGUAUUGGAGGUUGGAGCUUUGCUAGGGAA